CACGCCCCUGGGUGUCGUAAUGGAACAGCCCACACCUGACUAAGCCAGGAACAUAGCGGCUUACCUGUCUCCUCCCUGACCUGGCUCAGUACAGCAGACCCUGACUGGCUCCGGGGCGGUACAGCUGACGACAGGCACUGAAAGUGCGGACCUGGAGUUGGUAGCUGUUUGGACAUCGUUAGAGUACCAGCGCAGUGACUCCUACAGGGGUCCUACAGGAUGGGGAACGUCCACUCAGAAGAAGAGAAGACACCGCUGGAUGUCACUGAUGUAGACGACCCGCAGGACAAGGAUUUUAGAAACUAUGACUUCCCAUUCGAGAACCUGGUUAUAGAGGGUGGUGGGGCCAGAGGAGUGGCUUAUGUUGGGGCUCUGCGGGUCCUGGAGUCUGCCGGAAUCCUCCAGAACAUCAAAAGAGUUUCCGGUGUGAGUGCGGGAGCCAUCACUGCGACGUUCGUGGCGCUGGGACUCAGCUGUGCGGAUGUGGCAGAGCAGGCUGGGGUGGAUCUGGGCAAGAUCCUCAUCUCCGGAGGCUACCUACAGACCAUGGUCAAACCCGUCAAUCUGUACAGGCGGUAUGGCUGGGAAACUGGAGACGGGUUCUACACGUUCUUUGGAAGCAUCCUGGAGAAGUUCACACGCAAGGAUGGCCGCCCCGGGAACCCAGAUAUCACCUUCAAGCAGCUGUACAAGAUGAGUGGGAUAGAACUCUGCAUUGUGGUAACGAACUUGGACCAGAUGACAGAGGAAUACUGCCACGUCAAGACCACCCCGAACCUCCCCAUCCGCAAGGCUGUCAGGAUGUCCAUGUCCAUUCCAGGACUGUUCCAGCCAGUGUUGACUGACUACCAUGGAAACAAGGAGUUCUACGUUGACGGGGGUGUGGUCUGUAACUACCCACUUCACUCCUUCGAUGGUUGGUGGCUGUCCAUGGGGGAAGAAGAUUCGUUCUUCCACAGACUGGAUGACCUUGCCCACCUCAGUCGGAGCUUCCACCGUUCUAACCGCUUCGAGCCUGUCAACCCGAAAACGAUCGGACUCAUGCUGUAUUCCGAAGACGACACUGAGCAGUACCAGCAAGUUCUCUGUGAUCGUCUGACGCAGGAGGAAAGACUGUAUGAGAAGAAGAGGCCUGACACUGAGGCAGCAAGGGCGUACCAAGACAAGAAGACUGUUGAAACAGUCGAGGCCAUGGAGAACAGGAAGAAAAUCCGGGGCCUCAUCGACAAGUUUCUGACCAGUCUAAAGGGCCAAAACAAAGACCACACAUCGACUGUUAGUAGGGAGGAGCUGCACAGGGCUUUUGCAGAGGCAGGAAACAACUCUCUGACUGAUAAAGAAAAGGAGAAGCUCUUUGGGGAAGCAUACUCCGUAGACCAACUCUUCGAUCAAAUGGACGCUAACAAAGAUGGAGAGCUGACCUUCCAGGAGGUUCAUGAGUUCUUCACCAACAGAGGCUUCAGCUGGCUGACCCGGAGUAUGGAAGAGAAGAGAGCGCACGUCUCCAGUCUCACGAACUACACCCUGAAGUACAUGGAUCUCCUCGGAGUUCUCGGGAAAAAAGUGUACAACAAGGUUGACGACAUGGAGAGGACCAUUGGAGUGGACAGUGACUACGUGAAGACAACAGACUUUCAGCUGGAGGACGAGGAUAAGAUGUUCCUCUUUCAGCGAGGAGCCACCGGCGCUCGAGCGUUCCUGCGGACGUACAUCGCAAAGAACAACAUGAAGCCUGCAAAAUCCUCCGGGAAACGGCGCUGGAAGAACCUACAGCGUCACGUGCUGUUCGCCCCGCGGCCGAGAAAAGUUGCCAAGCCGGAGAGCCCAGCUAGUAACAAUAUCUAAGUUUGUGUGGAAGUGCAUACUAGUAUGGCAUGGCCUAGAACACCAUCGGUAUUGUUAUGACGACAGAUGGUUGUAUUUGAAUCGAUUCUCUUAUUAUUUCGGAUGUAACGACCCAUGGCAACAUAUUGCACAAGUUAUCUACAUUCUUAUCGAAGGGUUUCUGUAGUGGCAAUGAGAAUUUAACAAGCGUUUCUUGACCUUGCUGCUGGUGUUGUAUUUCUGUAGUUUUAUACGCUAUUGCCGUUUUGUCACAGACGCUUGGGGAAAAUAGCUUUCUUGACUUUUUUUCAUUUGAUAUUAUUUGCUUUUAUAAUUGUUCAGUUAUUGUUCUUAUUUCAUUAUCUUAAGCGUAUUUCCAAAUAUAGUUAUACAUAUGUGAAUGAAGUAGGUGUAAAAACAGUAGUAUAUAUUCAUACUUAUCACUGUAAUCUUGCUUUGCCAAUAUUUUUACUUAAAAAAAACUGCCAUGCUCUUUAAUCAAGUGUAGCAAGCGAUAAUGAACUAUGUAUCUUCUACUUGCACUUUGAUUUACAUGUUUGCCGUCUAUUCGCUCAAUCAGAAAGAAAACACCGCAGAAAAAUCAGUAAUUGAUGUAUUUUUGCCAAUUUUGGUGUUUGCAGUUUGUCUUGUGUUCAGACACUGAGUUGUUGAGGUGGACACAAUUAUUUUGUCAUGUAUUCGAACUCAUUUGGGAUCUUUAUAAUCAUGGUUGCCAAAUUCGUUAAGAGAACUUUUAGAUUGCAGUUCAACGGUCGCUUUGUAAAAUCGCCUCGUGACGGCCAGACGUGGUACUACAGGUUACUGUGAAUGAGUUCCGAAACGGUGCGUUUUUACUUGAAUGAGGUUUAAACUUGUGUAUCUUUUGUCCUACUAAACAAUGUACAUCGUUUGGCAUAUCACUUUCUGCGCAUGAUAUAGGCAGAUGUACUGGAGUACCACGUGUCUGUUAUGGGUCAGUGUACUAACAACGAACCUACGUACAUAAAGACCCAAGUUGUAACUUUACCGUUUCAAAAAGUAAGACAAAGUUUCAACUACCUACACUUUGUGCUUUGUAGCCGUGUGUUGUAUAAAAACUUUAAACGUGA